AUGGAGGAUUGUGGAAUAGAAACAUAUGGUCAGGUAGAAGAAGAUGGCAUAGAAGCAUGUUGGUAUCAUAGUUCUUAUUACAUUUUUCUGUUCAACUUCGUUGUCAUCGUCUCUGUUAGAACUGGCUACACCCAUUUCUUUCAUAGUAUCAUAGUUCUUAUUACAUUUUUCCGUUCAACUCUGUUGCUAUCCUCUCUGUUAGAACUGGCUAGGCGUAACUAUAAUUCCAUUACAACCCUGGAGGAAGAGGAGAACAGGCGUGUGGUUGAGCAACUUUAUGUUGCACUGGGAAGUGGGGAUAGCGAGACGGUGGGGAGGAUAUUGGCGGCGGACUUGGAGUGGUGGUUCCACGGCCCGCCAUCCUGUGAUCACAUGAUGCGCUUGCUCACCGGUGCUUCAGGUCACAAGCACUUUUCCUUCAACCCUAAAUCCAUAACGGCUGCGGGGAACAAAGUGUUUGUUGAAGGGCAUGAGAAUGAAUCGGCAUAUUGGGUGCACGUAUGGACUUUGAAAGAUAACAUUGUCACACAGCUCCGCGAGUUCUUUAACACUUCUCUCGUUGCCAGGGAAUUCACUCCUCAUUCUUCUUCUUUGCCGCGUAGGGAGAUGGUCGCUUGUAAUUUGCUUGUGUGGGAGAGUGAGAUUCCCAUAUCUCAGGGAAAUUCCAUGCCUGGUCUUGUGCUUGCCAUUUGAAUAUGUCCCCUCCAAUGCCCUCAUAUUUCCCCUUCUUUGUAUAUGGUUUUCUUUUUAUUGGACUGUUAUCUGUGAAAUACAGGGAGAUAUAAGCCAAACUCUGUGCUAAUGGUUGCUAUAAGUGAAGCAGCUUUUAGCCAUUCCUCAGUCGUUAUAUAGAAUCUAGGACAUAAAAUUGACAAAUUAUGAAUGAACUUUCAAAAGUUAUUUGCAAUCAGGACUUGUACUUAUUUACCUAAUAUUGAAGUGUGUAUAUCAACACUGUUCAAAGUGAUAA